AGUCACACCACUGGCAGCUGCUCCGGGGCAGGAUGAAGGAUUGUGGAGGAUGCACGAUGCAGAAGUGUUGUGCCGACCAGACAACAGAGAUGCCAUUCUUGAAAUCUAUUUCAACAACACAAGGGGAGUUGUUCUUUUUUUAAAAGAUGGCUACUUUUCCAUCCAUGUUUAAUCUAAUGAAACACACCUGUGGGAAGCAUGACUGGGAAGAUACUUUUCAAAAUUAAUGUCUGAUGAAUGUGAGAUGAAUUUAAUUAGGGCUGGUGGACAACAAACCCACUAUGUAUACAAUGUUACACUAUGUGAUUAAAUAGUCAUGGAAAGAAGAAUGAACCUUUGCAAAGAGUUUUUUUUUUUUGCAAUGAUUUUCACACAUUCUCCGUCCCCAGUGUACGAACAGAAUGUGGAAAAAAGGCAUUCCAAUAUUGUGCUUGUAUUCAGACAAUCUACAGAACACCCUCAAACUGAAAAAUCUGUGUUCUCUGGAUCGUUUCAAAUGAAUUCUGAAGGGCUUAGAAUCUAAAUCAUUGGUCUGUCGCUGCUUUAGGGUGUCUGUCGCUAGGCUCUCUAAUGUCUGUUGUUGUCUUAUUAUAAUUUUGGAUGAGUUGUCUUUGCCGAUGUGUGUGUUUGUUGCUACUGCCUCUUGGCCAGGACGCCCUUGGGAAAGAGAUUUGCAAUCUCAGUGGGAUUAUCCUGGUAAAAUAAUGGUAAAAUAAAUAAAAACAAAAAAGAUUGCAGUGUUUGUUUACACUGCCGUCUGUUUCUGUUGUGCUGACCAUGUUUGAGUUCUGUUUUCAUAAAUGUUAUUUGAGCCACUGCUGUGUUUAUAAUAGAGUCAAAUUACACAUAUUAUGACAAUAUUUUCUGCAUUUAUGGACCAGUGGUGGUCAUGCUGAGAGCAUACAGCCGAUGUACUGCUCACAUUGAUUACACAGGCCAACGCAGCCAGCUUUCAAAACAGCUGCUGCCCUUUGUCAGAGCGCUCAUCCGUUUAUUCAGCGUAGAUGCCAGCCGUAGUAAUGUGUAAUCCUAAUCCACAUGCAUCUUGUUUUGUUUGAGUGAUCACAAGGUCGGUCAAAGACACCUGGCUGUGUUGUUUGUAAGCCUUUUGCCGGUCUCUGUGUCUGAGUGUGUAAGUGUGCGCAUGACGGUUGUGAGCGUUACAGCCACUAUAGGGCAUGUGCUGCUGUGCGGGAAAUGGAAAAGUUGGUGAGAUAAUUUGUGGCCGGACAAUCUGAGCUGAUGAAAAAAAGGUGUGUGAGUGGACAGUGAAGACAGCAGAGGGUCAUGGGAUGUGGCCUGGGAAAACCAAAACAACAGCUGAAGAAAUGUGAAAGAGGUACAAAUUUAACAAAAUCAUUGCAAUCCAUCAGAGCAGCUCUGUUGAUCCAGCGCUGGUACCGUCAGUAUGUGGCUCGACUGGAGAUCAGACGCAGGUGCACAUGGAACAUCUUCCAGUCUAUUGAAUACGCAGGAGAGCAAGAUCAGAUUAAGCUCUACAAUUUCUUUGUCUUCCUGAUGCACCACUUCACCCCGACCAGCAGUGAAAGAAACCUCAUUUCUCACAUCUUUCCUGAGAAUGGAACCUGUCGCGACGGAGAGUGGGAGAAAUAUUUUUGCUACAAGAGCAUCGAGGUCCCCGACGGCUACACUGGCCCCCACCUUCACUUCCCUAUGACCUUCUGUGGGGUGUCAAAGCUGGUGGAGGCCUUCAAGCACAAACAACAGCUCCAUGCUCGGUAUGUUUUGCAGCUUCUUGGAGAGACUUGGAGACUUUUACGAAUUCUUACAAACAUCAAUCAUGUCUCCACCUGCCACACAAAGGAGAUUACUAUAUGCGGAGAUUUACACGGGCACCUUGAGGACCUGCUGUUGAUAUUCUAUAAGAAUGGUUUGCCGUCCUCUGAGAGACCGUACGUCUUCAAUGGAGAUUUUGUGGAUCGUGGCAAAAAUUCGUUAGAGCUGCUGCUCAUCCUGUUUGGGUUCCUGCUGGUUUAUCCCAACGACGUUCACCUGAACAGAGGGAACCACGAGGACCACAUUGUUAACAUGAGAUAUGGUUUCACUAAAGAAGUACUGGGGAAAUACAGGAUGCAUGGCAAGAAGAUCCUUCAACUUCUCCAGGAGAUCUUCAGCUGGAUGCCUUUGGCCACAGUGAUCGAUGGCAAGAUCCUGAUUGUGCACGGAGGGAUCUCUGACAAGACAGACCUCCACACCAUAGCCCGUGUGGACAGACACAAAUAUGUGUCGGCCCUCAGGCCUUCUAAGCCGAACCAUUGUGCGGUCAACAGCAGCAGGACGCAGACAAUAAAGAGCAAUAACAGAAAUGCUGGCGGACCAGUGGCAGGCCGGCGGCGAGUGUGUUCUCUGAGUCCCGACAGUUCGGCAACAGCUCAGAGGUGUGAGCUUCCACGCCGCUCACUGCACAACCUGCCAAUGAGCCCUCAGCUCAGCUGGACAGUGGAAGAGGAGCUGAAAAGGAGGCGCAGGUUGGCUGGGUUUGACCAGACCUAUGGAGAGCAGCAGAGGUCUGAGUCCGACUCAGACCCAGAGUGUGAAGCAACCACGGAGACAGAUGAGCACGAGUGGAAACAGAUAGUGGAUGUGUUAUGGAGUGACCCCAUGCCCCAAAAUGGCUGCAUUCCCAACAAUGUGCGAGGUGGAGGCUGCUACUGGGGCCCAGAUGUCACAGAGGCAGUGCUGGGGAGACACAACCUGCAGCUUCUCAUUCGCUCCCAUGAGUGCAAACAGGACGGCUAUGAGUUCUGCCACAACCGCAGGGUGCUGACUAUAUUUUCAGCAUCUAACUACUAUGAGGUGGGCAGCAACAGAGGAGCCUACAUCAGAAUAGGCCCUGAUCUGAUCCCACACUUCAGCCAGUAUCAGGCCAGCCAGACGUGCAGAGACCUCACCCUGAGACAAAGUGUUGGGUGGACGGAGAGAUCGGCUCUGCGAGCUCUGAGGAAACAGCUCUUUGUGCAUAAGUCAGAUCUCAUCAGUGCCUUCCAGGAGUUUGAUCCUAACAACACAGGAAUGAUCUGUCUGAGGGACUGGGCCAGUGCCACAGAGAGUGUGCUGAAGCUGAGUCUGCCCUGGAGAGUGCUGCGCCCUCAGCUUGUCAACAGCGUGCAGAACGGCAUGGUGGACUACAAGCAGUGGAUAAGGGAGCUCUCAAUCACUGAGCGCAGUCUAGAGAUAUCGGACACCAGCAUCCUGGAGACGAUGUACAGGAACCACUCCAACCUGGAAACAAUCUUUCGAAUCAUAGACACAGAUCACUCCGGUUUGAUCUCUUUUGAAGAGUUCCGACAGACCUGGAAGCUCCUGUGUUCACAUCUUAAAACAGAGAUCAGUGACGAGGCCAUCGCAGACCUGGCACAGAGUAUCGACUUUAACAAGGACGGCAGCAUCGACAUCAAUGAGUUCCUGGAAGCGUUUCGGCUGGUGGACCCGUCUGCACACAGCUGAGAGUCUGGACCAGGAGCUGUAGAUGUAGACAACAACUGCAUGUCUUCAGUAGACUUGGAAAUACUGGUCUGUAGAAUCUCAGGGAGUGCACUAUUGAAUAUGCAGGUAUAAAGUAGAUCUCAUCUACCUCUUAGACUUUGUUGUGUCUAUGUUUGCUUUCUUUUUUUGUACAAUAUACUUUAUACCAGACAUUUAUUCUAUUUUGAUUGCAUAUAACUUACUUAUGUACGAUGGAUAAUAAAAUACCUCACUUGUCA